AUGCUGAACAUGGGGGGAGUGAAAACUCCAGCAGCAAGACUCAUUCAGAAGUCCUCAUUCAGUAUAAGCAGCUUGUUAUUUCAGCGUGAGGCGCUGAUGAAUGAGCGCAAUCCAGCCAUGAACGCGUCGCUCACCGGAGGUGUGAACAACCUCUCCAGGCACCAUUUUUUCUCCGAUCAGAACCAGAGAAGCGCUCUUCUCCGUGAUGGAAAGACUGCUUUUAACGACGACAAGAGAAGUUGCAAAGUGCGCUCUGGUCCUACGUGCGUGGAUAAACUGUGCGACAAGAAGAAAAAAGGGGAGAAAAAAACGGCGGCUGAGGGAGAAGAGGUGAAGGCAGAUAAGGGAGAAAGAGGGAAGAAUGGUAAACCAGAGAAGCCUCCUUUCAGCUACAACGCUUUGAUCAUGAUGGCAAUUCGUCAAAGUCCAUCCAGGCGCCUCACACUAAAUGGUAUUUAUGAAUUUAUCAUGGGAAACUUCCCAUACUACAGGGAGAACAAGCAAGGAUGGCAAAACUCCAUUCGACACAAUCUGAGCCUAAACAAGUGUUUUGUCAAAGUCCCACGCCACUAUGACGACCCAGGAAAGGGAAACUAUUGGAUGCUGGAUCCAUCCAGUGAAGACGUUUUCAUUGGCGGCACCACGGGAAAGCUCCGCCGGCGUUCAACCGCAGCCUCCAGAGCCAAGCUGGGCAUUAAGCGAGGGCCCAGGAUGGCACCCGCUUCUGCAGGGGGUUUGUCAUUCACAGGUUCCAUUUAUUGGCCGAUGCCUCCGCUUCUAGCCCUGCAGCACUCUGUGCACUCACACCCGAGUUCACCACCUUUCCUUGGGUCCUCUCAGAGCAGUUACGCAGCAUCAUUGCUCUCCCACAGCUCGCACAUCACUUCCACCGUGUCUCCCAGUUCGGAGAGGCUGCUGCCCAGCGCACAGGAGAGCGCUUACUUUGUUCCAGGAGGGGAACACCAUCACCAGAUGACCGCGACCACGUCCUAUGUGUCGUCUGCCUUGCCGUGCGCGCUGCCUCUCCCGGGGCCGUGUUCUUUCAACCUGCUCUCCGGCCAAACCAGUUACUUUUACGCGCACCAGCUUCCAAACCUUGGUGAUCUUACGCCGUGGUCGGCGGAUGAUCAUUCUCAAAGUAAAACAUCCAUUGGCGGAUCUUUUCUGUCCGGAAAGAACAGUUCGUCUGACCACUUGAACAGCUUUUGCUCAGAACUUCCCAAUUACUUUUCUCCUUUCAGCGCCACGACUAGUCUCAACACGUAA